AUGGGACAGCGCUCAAAAAACACUCGAGGAAGGGAAGUCUACCAGGAAAUGGAAUUACAUAGCUUUUCUAGGAGGUCAUCAGUAGGCAAAGAAGUUGGUUGGGACGAUAUAUUCAGGAAUGUCCUAAGCAAAAGAGCCGACAGUGAUGAUGGAGUGCAGGAGGCAUCAGGCCCGGCAGUUGUACCUGCAGCACCAAAGCAGUUGUUUUCCUCUGGUGUUUCUUAUGUCAAGCUUCAGCCGAGUAAAGAUUUGGCAAUUCUCGCCUCUGCCUCUGAUGAAACGAUUCAAGCAGUAAAGACGCUUGCGAACGCUUUGGGCCACCGCUGGCGGUUCAUAGGACGGUACCGAACGCCGCGCUUUUCCCCUGCCGUGCGACUGGUGGACAGAUCCGUCCCUCAGUGCAAUCUCGAGAGUCGCGUGACAGUGCACGAUGUCGACACUGAAGAUCGCAGCUGGUUAGAUGGAUCUCAAAAGGCAUUUGAGGGGAUGAGCAAAGAACCGCUCUUUGACCCCUUCAGCGUCACACCCCCAGAUGGGUGUUCGGCUAAGUUCAAGUUCAUUGACGGCGUAAUGCAUGGUCCAGCUCAGUUUGCCUACCGCUUCUUGUCUCCACCUGCACAACAGGUUUUUUGGGACCCUGAAAGAGAAACUCCGGACCCGCCCUUGCUGUGGAAUCCCGAUUUAAUCCCAACUGUUAGAGAAUACCUCGCUGCUUUGCAAGACGUGAUGAUAGCAGUCCAGGAUCCAGCCUGCAAGACGUUUUGCUACAGGCGGAUUAAGUUUUUGGAGGGAAAGUUUAGUUUUCACCUAAUGUUUAACUCUAGUGAGAUGCACCAAAUACAAGAACCAGCGUAUACAGCUCUUCCCCCGAAGUUUGAAGAUCUUCAUCGGAAAAAAUACAGGACGGAGGGAGACACAGUUGUAGCGAUGGAAGGCGACCAGGGUAUUACAUUAAAGGGCUUGUUUCAAAAAGAACUGGGGUUUAGUGCAAGUGAAGCUUCCGUUGACCACUUAAACGUCCAUGCCCUCGGCCGUUUUCUCGCAGAAUUGACAAAGGAGGUUAUCGCAGACCUGGAUGACCGGAAGUAA